UAUGUGGGCUGUGGUGGAAGAUGGGGCUCUCUGCGUGGCAAUUUAUGGUGGAAUGAAAGGAGAAACUUGCCAAGGAAUAGUUCUGGGUCCUUUGGGAUCAUAUGUGGAUAAAAAAUCAAGUUGAUUCCUGCCUUAAAACCCAAGCAAACAUGAAUAACAGAAGGACUAUAAAACUAAGCCUCGCCAUGGAGCAGCUGAGCGCCGCCAACUCUGCCUUCGCCCUGGACCUGUUCCGCACCUUGAGUGAAGACAGCCCCAGUGGGAACCUCUUCUUCUCUCCUCUGAGCAUUUCCUCGGCACUGGCCAUGAUCUUCCUGGGGACCAGAGGCAACACUGCGACCCAAGUGUCCAAGACUCUUCAUUUCGAUGCAGUUGAGGAGGUUCAUUCCAGAUUUCAGAGUCUGAACGCCGAUAUUAACAAACGUGAUGCCGCCUAUGUGCUGAAACUGGCUAAUAGAUUAUACGGAGAGAAAACCUAUAAUUUCCUCCCUGAGUUCUUAACUUCAACUCAGAAAAUGUAUGGCGCUGGGCUGGACAGUGUGGAUUUCCGGGGCGCCUCUGAAGAUGCCAGGAUGGUGAUCAAUGAGUGGGUCAAAGGGCAAACUGAAGGGAAAAUUCCAGAAGUGCUGGCUGCAGGUGUGGUGGAUAGCAUGACUAAGCUUGUGCUGGUGAAUGCCAUCUACUUCAAAGGCUCCUGGCAGGACGAAUUCAGAAAAGAGGAAACCAAGGAUACCCCAUUCAAGAUGAAUAAGAAAGAAACAAAAACAGUGAAAAUGAUGUACCAGAAGCAGAAACUGCCAUUUGGCUACAUCCAGGACCUCAAGUGCCGUGUGUUGGAACUGCCGUACAAGGGUGGGGAGCUCAGCAUGGUCAUCCUGCUGCCGGAUGACAUAGAGGACGAGUCUACAGGGCUGAAGAAGAUCGAGCAGCAGUUGACUCUGGAAAAACUACGUGAGUGGACCAAGCCUCAGAAUAUGAAUCAUAUGGAUGUCCACGUGCACUUGCCCAAAUUCAAGCUGGAAGAGAGCUACAAUCUCAACUCCCACCUGGCUCGGAUGGGUGUGGAAGAUCUCUUUAGCAGCAGCAAGGCUGAUCUGUCUGGCAUGACAGAAACCAGAGAUAUUUUCAUAUCAAAAAUUAUCCACAAGUCCUUUGUUGAGGUGAAUGAGGAGGGCACAGAGGCAGCGGCUGCCACAGCAGGUAUUGCCAUGUUCUGCAUGCUGCCGCUGGAGGAAAAUUUCGUUGCCGACCAUCCAUUCAUCUUCAUGAUUCGUCACAAUUCCUCUGGCAACAUUCUGUUCUUAGGCAGAUUCUGUUCCCCUUAGAGGCUGUACAAAUACAAGUUCAAACUUAGAGUUUUAUCAAUAAAACGACUAUCUAAAACCAAAUCUUUAAUUUUGUUUCUAAGUGCAACUCUGUUGGGUCUUCACAUCCAUUUACUUUG